AUGUAUAAUUAUCUUCAUGUAAAUAUAUUUCCGGCAUUUCAUAUCUCCCACUCUAUCUAUCUAUCUAUCUAUCUAUCUAUCUAUCUAUCUAUCUAUCUAUCUAUCUAUCUAUCUUCCACUUACCUGGUUGUGGCUAGAAUGACGCAAAUAAAUAUAUUUUUUUCUCUUUCCUUUUCUUCGUUUGUUUCCUUUACUUUCGCUUUUUUUUUCUUUUCUUCUUUUUCAUCUUACCUUCUUGCUUUUGUACUUUAUUUUUUCGAUUCUCAAAUCUUUUUAUUUCUUUCUUCCAUUCAUUCCUAUGUUUCUUUUAUCACGUCUUUCUUUUUAUUCAGUUCUUUCUUUUAUCAUUUAUUUCUAUUUAUUCCUAUCUUUCUUUUAUCGCUUAAUUCUUUUUAUUGUCUUCUUUCUCUAACGCCUCUUCCCAUUCCUUUUUUUGUUUCAUCCUUUUUAUUCUCUUCUUUCUUUUAUCACUUUUCCUGUCUUUUCUUUUCUUUUUAUCCUACACUUUCUUUAAUCUUUUCUUGUCUGAUGAAUACUGCUUCCCGUUACUUUUUUAAAAACUAUUUUCUUUUGAUUCACUCGUCCCUACAUCGUCUUCAUUUUUUUUUCUUCAAUCGUUUUUUUCUUUUUUUGCUUUCUUUUUCCCAUUGCCUGUAUCUAUCAAUUAUAGUGUUCUUCUUCUUCUUCUUCUUCUUCUUCUUCUUCUUCUUCUUUCUUCUUCUUCUUCUUCUUCUUCUUCUUCAUCUUCUUCUUUAUCUAAACCUUUUCCAAACACCAUCUUUGUUCUUUCUACGUCAUUCACUUCUUUUUCAUAACAAUAUUCGAAAGAAAAUCAAAACCAAUUCUUUCUUCAAAAGAAACCAAUGCAAAUUGAGGAAUUUUGAUUUUCUUUCAAGAAAAUAUUGUUAA